UGUGUGUGUGUGUGUGUGUGUGUUUGUGUGUAUGUCUGUUUCUGUCUAUGUGUGUGUGUAAUAAGGCAGGGACAUUAAAUCACUUUAGAGUUGCACUGUUAAGUCCCAUGAUCAUUGGGCAAGGGAAGCUGGACAACCAGACUAGAGAAGAUCUCUGCCAGCCUCCAGACCUCACCUCUGAUUGCAUUUCACUUCAAAGCUAAUCCAGUUCAUAUUACAUUCUACACUAUCCCAUCCUAUACACUACAUGCUGGAGAAACUGACCACAAUGGACUUUCAGUGCAAUCCAGAAAAUGAAACCACGCGGCUGAUAAAGAACGGACCAAAGGAGUGCAAACAACAGGGCAAGGAUCCACAAGGAAGUCGCUCGAGCUCCUUCCUGAAGGAGCAGCAAGGGACUUUUCCUAUGUCUGACUCUUCAGAUGACUGCAAUAAAUCUAAAUCUGGUUGCAAUGACCCUGACUAUUGUAGAAGAAUUCUUGUCAGAGAUGCCAAAGGUUCUAUUAGAGAAAUUAUUUUGCCUAAAGGAUUAGACCUGGAUAGGCCUAAGAGGACAAGAACAUCAUUUACAGCAGAACAGUUGUACCGACUAGAAAUGGAGUUCCAAAGAUGUCAAUAUGUGGUUGGAAGAGAGCGAACAGAAUUAGCUAGACAAUUGAAUCUCUCUGAAACUCAGGUAAAAGUAUGGUUUCAAAACAGACGCACCAAACAAAAAAAGGACCAAGGCAAAGACUCAGAACUGCGGUCAGUAGUCUCAGAAACAGCAGCUACUUGUAGUGUCCUAAGACUUCUUGAACAAGGUCGAUUGCUUUCUCCACCUGGCUUACCAGGACUUCUACCAUCUUGUGCUACCACAGCUCUGGGAUCAGCACUUCGAGCUCCAGCUAUUGGUAUUGGAACAACAGGCAGUAAUAGCACAGUUUCAGGGACCACUGGAAAUGCCUCAUUACCAUCUGUGACUAGCUCAGCAGCUCCACCUGUGGCUCUCCAUAGUACUGCACCCGGCCACAGCCUCUUCACCCUUCCAGUCCCUUCCCUUCUUGGAUCAGUGGCAAGUCGGCUGUCAUCUAAUCCAUUAUCAAUGGCUGGCUCACUAGCAGGAAACCUGCAAGAACUGUCUGCUAGAUAUUUAAGCUCUUCUGCAUUUGAACCAUACUCCAGGACCUCAAAAGAAAUAAUGGACAAAAAAGUUAUGGACUGAUUUCUGAGUUUUUCCUAUGUAUGAACUUAUAUAAAUAAAACUUAGUAUUGUGUGUGUGUGUGUGUGUGUGUGUGUGUGUGUGUGUGUGUGUGUGUGUGUGU